GUGAGUACAAGGAGACUUGUGAAAAGAGUCUUAGAGUUGUUAGACCUCCAGGAUCCUGGUUGCAUAUCUGUAUCAUUAACAGAAGCAGCAGGAGCUGGAGGAGGUAGUGGAGCUUAGUGCAUGCUGAGCAGGACCCAGUGAUGAGACAGCCUCAACAACAACAACAACAGUGAGACCCUCAACACUCAUGCUUCCUCUCUCUCCUCCACGUCUACCUGUGAGUUACGGCUCUCCUCUGGAUUAUUGCUUUUUCUUUACCAUGCUGAAGGCACCUGUGGAGGAUUGAACCUGCACGAAGGACAAACUUCUCUUUACAAAUUUUGAUUUUAUUAUAAUUUAAGCUGGUUUAGUUCAUCACCUCAUCGGUUUGAGAUUUUCUUCAGCUGGAAUAAUGCCUUGGUGCUGGAGCAGAAACUUCUGGUUUCCAGUGGUGCUGGGUGCUGCAUUGGUUGUGCUCACUGCUGGAAAUGCUGGACCGGACCAGGCAAGAAGGCAGGCUGGGUCGUCCUCGUGCUAUGGAGGCUUCGACCUCUACUUUGUUUUGGACAAAUCUGGGAGUGUGCAGAACCACUGGACAGAAAUCUACCACUUUGUUGAACAUCUAGCUCAUAAAUUCAUAAGUCCACAGUUGCGGAUGUCCUUCAUCGUGUUUUCCACUGACGGACAGAUUUUAAUGAGCCUGACAGAAGACAGGGAACGCAUUCGCAAAGGUCUGGAGGAGCUGCAGCGGGUUCUUCCAGGGGGAGACACCUUCAUGCAUGAGGGCAUCUUGAGGGCCAGUGAGCAGAUAUACUAUGGAAACACUGAAGGUUAUCGCACUGCCAGCGUUGUCAUCGCUCUGACAGACGGAGAGCUGCACGAGGAUCUUUUCUAUUACGCUGAGAGAGAGGCCAACCGUUCCCGAAGUCUGGGGGCCUCCGUUUACUGCGUGGGGGUGAAGGACUUCAAUGAGACACAGCUGGCAAAGAUUGCUGAUAGCAAGGACCAUGUCUUUCCUGUAAAUGAUGGAUUCGAGGCUUUGCAAGGGGUCAUUGAUUCGAUCCUGAAGAAGUCAUGUAUUGAGAUUCUGGCAGCAGAGCCCUCCAGCAUCUGUGCAGGAGAGACCUUCGAGGUGGUGGUGAGAGGAAAUGGAUUCCUCCACGCCCGAAAUGUUGACAAAGUCCUGUGCAGCUUCCGAAUCAACGACACCCUCACCAAAAUGGUGAAGCCUUUGAUUGUGGAAGACACAUAUCUUCUCUGCCCUGCACCAGUGCUUCAAGAUGAGGGGAUGGCAGCAAAUCUCUACGUCAGUAUGAACGAAGGUCUCAGUUUCAUCUCCAGCUCAGUCACAAUAACCACUGUGGGAUGUUCUGACGGGACCAUCCUGGCCAUCGCCCUGCUCAUCCUGAUGCUGCUCCUGAUCUUGGCUCUUCUCUGGUGGUUCUGGCCUCUUUGCUGCACUGUGAUCAUCCAUGAACCCCCACCUCCACUUGAAGAGGAGAGUUCGGAUGAUGAGGACUUUGAUACCCCCAAGAAGAAGUGGCCGACUGUGGAUGCUUCCUACUACGGAGGAAGAGGAGUAGGUGGGAUCAAAAGGAUGGAGGUACGCUGGGGUGAGAAAGGUUCCACAGAAGAAGGAGCAAAGCUGGAAAAGGCCAAAAAUGCCAAAGUGAAGAUGCCAGAGCAGGAGGACGAGCUGCCCUCCACACGGAUUCUCAACAAUGGCAUGCAUAAACCCCCGGGGCCACGCAAGUGGUACUCGCCAAUCAAGAGCAAACUGGAAGCAUUGUGGGUACUUUUGAGGAAAGGCUACGACCGUGUGUCAGUAAUGAGGCCUCUCCCAGGUGACAAGGGCAAAUGCAUGAACUUCACCCGCAUGAAGUCUCCCCCCCCUCGCUACCCUCACUACAGCCACCACUCAUCUCCCAUCUACAACCCCCCGAGCCAGAGUCCACCGCCACCGCAGGGCACCCUCCCACCGACCCCCGGCAGCCCUCCAUCCUCUCCGUCUUUCUCCUCCUGCACCCUCCCGUCAUUGCCUCCUACGCCUCCCCCCACCUCCCCAACCCCCUCUCCUCCCAUCACUCCUCCCCCCUACACGCCACCUCCCAACCGCGCUCUCCCUCCGACCAACAUGCCCGCACCAGCGCCGUCUGCGGCCUCAUCGACCCCUUCACCUCCUGCCUCCCCAACGGGCUCCUUGCCUCCUCCUCCACAGGGACCUCCUCCUGGUCGAGCCCCUCCCCCUGCACGCCCACCGCCUCGCCCUGGGCUCUGAAGCUCCAGCCUGGGAUGGGAGAGAAUCCCACAAGUUUGAAGAAGGCAACACAGAGUCCCACCAGCAAUCAGCACAUGACCACCCUUGAUUAGCUGGAGGCCAGGACAUGUGGACACUUGUGCCACGCUCAGCGGACUGUGGCCUUUCUGCCUUGUGAAGAGGAGCAGCGAGGACUUUUUUUCUGCUAUUUGUCUACAGUGAAUGUUGUACACAUCUAGCACAACAGUGCAAUUGCUCUGAUGCUUGAAUUACAGAGACGUUCCCUAUGAAUGAGGUCAUGCGGGCCGGCUGAAAAACAUUUGCCUCCCCGGACCUGUGGGCUGUCCAGGCCCUGAUGACUUCACCAUGAGAUCACAAGAUUGGAUGAACCCGAAUCAGCUGCUCAACAAGGAGCCGAGUUGUUUUGAAAAUGAUCACUACACUAAAAUAUGUGUAACGUUUCAAUCUUUUCUAAUAAGAGAUAAGAGGAAUCUGAAAGUCCCUGUUUUUCUGUUUUAGAAGGUUGAGCAACUGCAUGCCAUCGUGUUUGAGUCAGGAUGUUUGUUCUAUUGUUAACAUGUCUACUUGGUUUUAUACAUCAUACACACAUCUUUAGUUUGUCUAUUUUUGUUGAAUAGACCAACUUUUUUAAGUCAAAAUUUUUGAUGUUAGAGAAAAAUCCUUGCUGUUAAGAACAGCAAUGAACGUGACUGAUCUGAACGCAACUUUUGACUUCCAUAACCUAAUAAACCACCCUAAUGUGCACAUAGGAGUGAACAAUAAAAUGGGAUUCAGAUACUUAACUUUACACCUAUAUACAGGUGCAUCUGAAAAUAUUACAAUAAUACAACAAAGUUUGAGUAAAUUACCAUAAAUACUGUGUAUCUUGUCAUGUGAAUUUCUCAAUAGUCACGCACAAGUCAUUACAAUUGUUCUUUCUGGAAGUUUAAUUCUACAUCUGCAGAUGGGCAUCACCGUACAAAACCAUGGCAAAGAUUUUAUACAAUGAGCAAUGACAUACAGGACACACAGCACUUUUAUACAUUUCCAAGCUCCUCCUGGAGAGGAACACAUGUUAUCGAUUAAAUAGGUGACCAGUAUCCUGUCUUCUGCUCUGUAUCAGGCCCCUUGAGUUAAACAUCUGUAUUAUAAGAUCUCUUAUCAAUGUUUUACAACCAACUCACAUCCCUGUCAUGUUAAUUAAUUGUUAGGUGACCCUGUGAGUGACAAAGUCAUUGCUAGGUGACCAUGUGAGUGAGGAGGUCAUUGUAAGGUGACCAUGUGAGUGACAAGGUCAUAUAACAUAAGUUGCUUGAGCAACACCCUUAUAUGUAAGGGAAUCCAUUUGCUCAUCUUUCUAUACAUCAAAGUGGUUCCUUCCAUGAUUCAAUGCCCAAAUGGUCAAAUUGCCGCCACAAUCUCUUGGUCAGUGGUCCAAAGUCCUGUUUUCAGAUGCCAAGCCACAUUAAUGCAAUAACUCUAAAGGAGGCCUUGCCAAGUAUUGGCUGAAUUGAAAUCCUUUAUUGAUUGAUCUUAGGAAAUACUCAAAUACUUUGAGCUGUAAGACGUAAUCAUCACAAAACCACUUGGAAAUAUUUUCAAUUUCACUUUACGUGUAUGAAUCCAGAAUAUAUUGAAGUUUCCCUUAAAAAAAUUACUUUUCGACAAGCACCUUGAGAUGCACCUGUAUAACUGAUAUGGCGUAUGCUCUGUCGAUCAAGAUGUGGACAAAAACGUGUCCAAAUCAGGGAAACACUUUGCACAUUGUUUUGCUCAUCCAGCCACAGCCUCUUACGAAAGCUGGUGUUUUAUGUAAGUAAUCAAUUUGAUACAAUAACCAUGUGUGUUCAGAUCUGUGUGUGUGUGCCAGAGAGAGAGAGAGAGAGAGAGACUAAUGUAAUGUAUCUAUUCAUGACUAGAGGGAGUCAGUUGCCAGUUUCAACAAAUUUUUUUGCACAACAUCCUUGCAGCAUGGAUCACAAUAAAAGUGUUCUGUUCCACGGGUCACAUGAAGUUCAGAUUGAUAUGAAGCUGCUCUGUGAUGAUCAGAGGAUCGGCAGCAGAAUGCAAAGCAAUCACAAUCAGAAAGACAGUAUGCAACUCUCCGUGGAUACAGUAUGUAGACACCCAUGUCUGUAAAUAAUCAAUAAUAAAUAAUAAAAGUGUACAAAAGAG